CCAGUUUACUCCCCCCGGUAAAGCCGGCGUGCGUGACGUUUACACUAAUUUCCACAAUAGUAAAUCUUGUCAAAAUGCGUUUAAAACGUUAAAGAUCCAUUAAUUUCCGCCACUUACUUGUGUAAAACCAGUGCAUCGAAGAAUUACAACAUAAAAAUCUUACAUUUACUAGUUAUAAGACGUAUAUUUUCUAUUUUUGUUUCUCUAACCUAUCAGCUACAACAGCAAACACUGCAGAAUGUUUUCAACAAAUUCAAACAAAAAGCCAGUGGCUACCACUGGAGAAAAACAAGAGAAAUUGUUAACACUUUCCAUUUUAACUGUUGCUGCAAUUUUAUCAUUUGCCACCAGAUUAUUCUCCGUGUUACGCUUUGAGAGUGUUAUUCAUGAGUUUGAUCCUUACUUCAACUAUAGAACAACUAAAUACCUUGCUGAACAGGGUUUCUAUUCAUUUCACAAUUGGUUUGAUGAUAGGGCAUGGUAUCCACUGGGCAGGAUUAUUGGAGGAACAAUAUAUCCUGGCUUGAUGGUGACAUCAGCGGUAUUCUACCGCAUUUGUUGGCUCUUCAACAUCAGCAUCGACAUUCGCAAUGUUUGCGUGUUCCUCGCACCGCUUUUCUCGUCGUUUACAACUAUCAUCACGUACUUGCUAACGAAAGAGAUCAAAAACUCUGGAGCUGGAUUGGUGGCGGCCGCAAUGGUGUCGAUUGUACCCGGCUACAUCAGUCGAUCAGUUGCCGGGUCAUAUGAUAACGAGGGAAUUGCCAUCUUUUGUAUGUUGCUUACAUAUUAUAUGUGGAUCAAGGCCGUUAAAACCGGCACUAUCUUCUGGGGCACUUUGACAGCGUUAGCUUACUUCUACAUGGUAUCGUCUUGGGGUGGUUACGUGUUUCUCAUCAAUUUAAUCCCGCUUCAUGUGCUUACGUUAAUGAUUACCGGGAGAUUUUCGCACCGGAUUUAUGUAGCAUACAGUACUUUGUAUUGUGUUGGUACGAUUCUGAGUAUGCAGAUCUCUUUCGUUGGAUUUCAACCUGUUCAAAGUUCUGAGCAUAUGUUGGCUCUUGGAGUUUUUGGCCUCUGUCAAAUAAUGACCUGCGUUGACUAUUUAAGAUGUCGUCUGUCACCGCAAGACUUUGAAACGCUCUUUACGGCUUUGUUAUACACUGUAGGCACGCUUUUAGGUGUAUUCCUCGGUGUUUUAACGUAUUCUGGAAAGAUUUCUCCAUGGACUGGACGUUUCUACUCUCUGCUGGAUCCUUCCUACGCGAAAAACCACAUUCCUAUUAUUGCCUCUGUUUCCGAACAUCAACCGACCUCUUGGAGUUCAUUCUAUUUUGAUUUACAAAUCUUGGUUUUCUUAUUCCCUGCUGGUUUGUACUUCUGUUUCAUGAAUCUCACAGAUUCCAAUAUAUUUUUGAUCCUUUAUGGGGUUACAAGUAUUUAUUUUGCUGGAGUAAUGGUUCGUUUGAUGCUGGUCCUCGCACCAGUAAUGUGCAUUCUUAGCGGCAUUGCAGUCUCGCAUUUGCUGACUAAAUUUAUUAAGAACACGGAUUCAGGUAAAAGCACUGAACACAAGAAGAAUAAAAACAAACUGGAAUCGAAUUUUGACAUGAAGAACAAGGUGUCAUUCUUCUACGUCUCGAUAACUUGCAUGCUGCUUAUUUCAUAUACAUUCCACUGUACAUGGGUUACUUCGGAAGCUUACAGUUCGCCAAGUAUUGUGCUAAGCGCCAGGUCCCACGAUGGCGGGCGUAUUAUCUUCGACGAUUUCCGCGAGGCCUACUAUUGGUUAAAGAUGAACACGCCGGAAGAUGCGCGUAUUAUGUCAUGGUGGGACUACGGAUAUCAAAUAACUGCGAUGGCGAAUAGGACUAUUUUGGUUGAUAACAACACUUGGAAUAAUACGCAUAUCAGUCGCGUGGGACAAGCCAUGGCCAGUUCGGAGGAAAAAGCUUAUGAGAUUAUGAAAGAGUUGGACGUCGAUUAUGUUUUGGUAAUAUUUGGUGGGUUGACGGGGUAUUCCUCGGAUGACAUUAACAAGUUCCUGUGGAUGGUGCGUAUUGGAGGCAGUACUGAAAAGGGGGCGCAUAUCAAGGAGUGGGAUUAUUACAGCUCCAAUGGAGAAUUUAGAGUUGAUAAGGAAGGAUCGUCAACAUUACUGAAUUGUUUAAUGUAUAAGAUGUGCUAUUAUAGAUUCGGGCAGGUAUACACUGAAGGUGGUAAACCACCUGGUUAUGAUAGAGUCCGCAGUGCCGAAAUUGGUAACAAAGAUUUCGAGCUAGAUGUACUCGAAGAAGCGUACACCACUGAGCAUUGGUUGGUUCGCAUCUACAAGGUGAAAGAUCUGCCCAACAGAGGGGUAUAAGGUGUGUACACUUUCCAGAAACUAAUAAGACUUACACCGAAACAGCUGAAGCGUCACAACACAGGUAACCGAUUGAAAUUAAGUUUGCUCCACACAUGGGUUAAACUACCACGCCUUUGCGAGUAUUUGAAACUUUUUUUAUUAAAAAAUAUUUUAUAUAAUUAUAGCAACAAGUUUGAUUUCACACUAUUUCUCGAUAGUUUGAAACAUUCAUUUGAAACUACUAUUCACAUGAAAAAUAGUACCAUCAUUGUAAUAAAUAUUAUAAAAAAUA